UCACAUUGUGUGUGCGCGCACGCCAGCAGCACGUUGGUGGCUUCCCCCCCCCCUCAUCUCGCCUCAACUUUACGCCCAUUGAGUCGCGCUCUCUUGUCUCUGUUGAGAACAAAAACCCCAUUCUUGUUCUUCUUUGCGCCACUCGCGACCAAACAUGUCGGCCUCGGCGGCGAAAGUGAGUAAAAAGGAGCUCAACUCGAACCACGAUGGAGCGGACGAGACCUCCGAGAAAGAGCAGCAAGAAGCUAUUGAACACAUUGAUGAAGUUCAAAAUGAAAUUGACAGGUUGAACGAGCAGGCCAGUGAAGAGAUCCUGAAAGUAGAACAGAAAUACAACAAACUCCGCCAGCCGUUCUUUCAGAAGAGAUCGGAAUUGAUCGCCAAAAUCCCCAACUUUUGGGUCACCACAUUUGUCAACCAUCCACAAGUAUCUGCCCUGUUGGGGGAGGAGGAUGAAGAGGCGCUUCACUACCUGAGCCGAGUGGAGGUGACAGAGUUUGAAGACAUAAAGUCAGGUUACAGAAUAGAUUUUUAUUUUGACGAAAACCCGUACUUUGAAAACAAAGUCCUUUCCAAAGAAUUCCACCUGAACGAGAGCGGCGACCCGUCUUCAAAGUCGACAGAAAUCAAAUGGAAAUCGGGAAAGGACCUGACCAAGCGCUCCAGCCAGACACAGAACAAAGCGGGCCGCAAGAGGCAACAUGAAGAGCCAGAGAGCUUCUUCACCUGGUUCGCUGACCACGGCGAUGCCGGUGCCGACGAGCUGGGUGAAGUCAUCAAGGAUGACAUCUGGCCAAACCCGCUGCAGUACUACCUGGUCCCAGACAUGGACGACGAGGAAGGUGAAGGCGAGGAGGAUGAAGAGGACGAGGAAGGCCUGGAGGACAUCGACGAGGAGGGUGACGAGGAUGGAGAAGAUGAUGACGAUGACGAUGGAGAAGAUGGAGAGGACGACGAGGGAGAAGAUGACUGAGAAGACCGGCCGCGCCCUCCUCACCUUUCUAAUUCCCCAUUUGCUUUAUCAAGUCAUGCUCGGGAGCAAAGGUUUAUUUUUGCUGUUAAUUUUUUUGUUUUUGUUGUUUUAAGUCCAUGCGUGUGCUUCAUUUUUGACAUCCUGAAGCCUCCCUCUUCUCCUUCACCCGCGGUUUCCGUUUCUCUUUAAGAAAAAGGCCGACGGCACUUUUUCCCACCCCAAUUGUGAGUAUACGUACGUACACAACCCCCUGGGUUCAUCUCUCUUGUUGAAGAUAUUACAUAAUAAAUAAUUAAAAAGUCAAAUAAAAAUAGAAUUGUGUAGAAUUUGAAGACACUUCCCACAGAUGUACUCCUGUUUCCAGGUGUGGUGAGAAGAAGCCAUGGUGUAGUCACCUUAGCACUAGCAGACCUCAUCUUGUUUUUUAUUUUGCAUUUUUGAAGGCUUUUUUUUGUUUUGUUUUACCCCAACAGCUCAUUCCUUUCAUGUUAAGAGGGAGGGGGGAGGCAUGUUGGUUACUAGUAUGGGAGGGAGGGGAG